AUGGUGGAAGACAAUUUGUCGUGUGUUCGGCGUCACCUGAACCACCAUGACCCGUACGAAGAUUGGCAACAGGAAACUCGUCAAGACUCUUUCCGUGCUGCUCGGAAGAAGCAUGCUCAUGAGAGCGCCGAGCGCAUGCGAGCACGUAACGAACGCCGUAUUCAGGACGAGGAGCGACGCGCCCAGUUGCACGCAGAGCAGGUCAAGGAAGUCCAGGCUCAACUCGCCGCCAUGAACCUCAAGAGGCAGCAGGAAGAAAGCCAGCUCCGUGAACAGUGGAAGGAACGCGACCGAAAACUCUGGGAACGCAUUGACACGGUUAUCAAGGUUGAAGAGGAUCGCGUUCGUGUCAAGCUUGAGCAAGAACGCAAGAAGCGGGAAGAGGCAGAACGCGUUCAACGAGCAGAAGAGGAGAAGAAGCGCCAGGAGGAGGAGCGCAAGCGCAAGGUCGAGGAGGAGGCACGUAAGCAGAAGGAACAAGAGGAGGAGGUCAAACGGAAGCAGGCGGAAGCAGAGAAGGUGCAACGAGAGCGCGAGGCCGCUGAAGUGGACCAACGCCACGCAAUGGGCAACACUACUGCGUUCGAGGACUGGAAAUUGGCCCGAGAACAAUUGAAGAAUGUCAAAGAGGCCGUCAAAUUCGUCAAGGGUGAUCCUACUCUGAAACCCCUCUGGAGCGCCGGACGGCGUGCUAUAACGCCGAAGAUUGGACAACUCACCAACGAUGACCAAGAGAUCAACCGGAUAUCUCAUGCUAUUGCCAAUAUGCUUCGACCUCCUUAUCCACAUCAUCCCAAGGUGUACAUCGCUCUCAUGUCGUCCCUCGCGAAAGCCAUUCUGCUGCAGGCGGAGACGGAAGUCACGGCAGAGAAGAAGAGUGCCAUUCCUUUGGCACGAGUCACGACAAACAUGUUGAUGACACUGGAAGGGUUCUCCCACGUUUUCUGGGCCAAACUUUGCCAGCGCGCGGGAGGAUGGCCUGUACCUAUUGCCGUCCCCGUUAAAGACGCCGACGAUACCCCGUUCUCGCAGGCUGCCAGGCGGAAGGCUUUAGGAUAUCGCGACUCAGACGAGAAGGAAUCGUUGCCCGAGUACAUCACUCGCGUCUCGGGCAUCAUGCGAGUUUACUUCCACAUCCUUGCCACCCCGGUCCACUCGCCACUCGAUUCCCUUAUGCGUCUACCGCGGUAUUGGACGUUCUUCUCGCGCAUGCUUAAAGACCCCAGAAUGCUGGGAAGUCCUGUCGCACCAGAACUCCUGAGUACUGCGCUGGAUGUCUGCGGUGUACUCGCGGCCGAAGUAUGGGGUCAGCAAUGGAUACGCCUGCUGGCGCUCCUUUACGAAGGAGUGACAACUGGAUAUCAUGGCCUCGAGGGUCAGCUCAUCGGAGGAGCUACUCCGGAAGGCACCGCUGCACGUGUGAGAGUGCAGCUGGAGGUAGAGCGUAUCAUGAGUUCCGGGGCCGUUUGA